UCAAUCGUUCGUUCUACUUCUACCGCUACCAGACCAGCAAAGAGUUGAAAACCUCUCUACUCAUCUUCUCUUUUCCCCUUUCUUAUGGAAAAGGGACUGGAAAUGACUCUCUUACACCCCGGUAAAUUUGUUCGGAAAAUUCCCGGCGGCGACGAUAACGUAACCGAUAAUUCCGUCGAUCGGAAGCACACCAUCAAAGAGAUGGAUUUUUUCUCUGAUCAUCAUCGACGAGUUGAAGCUUCUAGAUCAUCCAAUGGUUGUCUCCAGGACCAGGAGAAGAGGGAUGUCUUGGCUCGGACAGAGCCAGGAGUGAAAACUGGAUUGAAUCUUCUUACCCUGAAUUCUGGAACUGAACGAUCUCUUACAGAAGAAAAACCUAAAAUCCAGUUGAGCACACUUCAAGUGGAACGGGACCGUUUGAUCGAGGAGAACAGGAAACUUAGAAGCAUGCUGGAUCAGAUAACAAAGAACUAUAGUGCUUUACAGACGCAACUACUAUUGGUGAUGCAACGACAGAAACGUGAGAAUGAACAUGAUGAGCAGAGGGACGAUAGAAAUGGCAUGUCAAGUUCCACAUUGUCCGCCCAGCAGUUCAUGGACCCUGGUCCAUCUGGUGCACUAGACCUUGAUGAGCAGCUGCAUUCCGACGACGAAGAGACCCAAGAACAGUUGCCUUCUCCAACUAGCAAUAAACGCGAUCAUGUUCAUGACACCAAUCAGAUCUCCAAGAAAAGACAGUCGAUUGACGAUGGUCCUGAGCAAACACCGCAGAGUUGGGGUGGCCAAAAGAGUCCCGAGUUGGCCAAGGCCAAGGGUGUGGAGCAAGUUUCUGAGGUGCCUUGUCGAAAGGCCAGAGUCUCGGUACGAGCACGAUCUGACGCGCCCUUGAUCAGCGAUGGGUGUCAAUGGAGGAAAUAUGGUCAAAAGAUGGCGAAGGGUAACCCUUGUCCACGCGCCUACUACCGCUGCACCAUGGCAGUUGGAUGUCCAGUUCGUAAGCAGGUGCAAAGAUGUGCUGAGGACAAGUCCAUUCUUAUAACAACCUACGAAGGAAACCACAGCCACCCCCUUCCACUAGCAGCGACGGCAAUGGCUAACACAACUUCGGCAGCAGUGGACAUGUUACUCUCAGGGUCCACGACUAGUAAGGAAACCCUAGCGACCUCCGGCUUCUUUCAUCCUUUACCCCAUGCAUCUACCAUGGCCACUCUAUCUGCCUCCGCACCUUUUCCGACGAUCACCCUCGAUUUGACUCAGAAACUGAAUUCUAUGCAAUUCCUACAAGCUCCACCUCCCACAACACCACCCUUCCCAGUUCCCUUGCAUGGCUGCACACAGCUCCUUGGCGGGCAGCCCGUGUACAUUCCCCCAAAACUACCCUUAGUGCCUGCAGAAAUGCAAGUGGGGCAGCGACAACUUUCUAUGGUCGAGACCGUAACUGCGGCAAUAACCACCGAUCCUAAUUUCACCGCUGCUCUAGCUGCAGCUAUUUCGUCCAUAAUAGGUACACCCCGUAGCAAUAAUGGCGGCAAUAGCAACAACAAUAGCUCCCCUUCUGGGGCUCGCGCAUCGCCUGAAUCACCACAACUUCCCCAAUCCUGCACCACUUUCUUGACCAACUAGAGAGACAAUACCAACAGUACUGAAGUUCAGAUUGCCCACAUUGAAGUGUGAUCAUGAUUACUAUGUUUUGGCAGAGACAUAAGGACUAGUAAAAAGACCAUAUAUGUCUCACACGGUCGUGGUGCCGGGCAAAGAGGAUUUGCUCUUAAUCGAUUUCCUACGCGCGCCUCUGCGGAAGUGCGGACUCACCUUUGUUUUGCUGAAAAAGGAACAAAACUGCAUUCUUUGUUAAUUGAAAUUUGAGUACGCAUUUCGUUUUGUUGAUUAUAUAUAUUGUUGGUGUUAUUAAUUCGGUAUAUGUUUUGUUACUUAAUUAAUAUAUGCUUUAAUUUUAAAA